UUCUUCCCCGGCGGAAUAUGACUACUACCGAUCGACUUCCCACCGGCGCCGCUGGUCAUUUCGACUACAUCGUUGUCGGCGGCGGAACCGCUGGCUGUGUUAUCGCAAGUCGCCUUUCCAGCUACUUACCACACAAGAACAUCCUUGUGAUUGAAGGCGGACCCAGCGAUGUCGGCGAUGAUCGAGCUCUCAUCCUCAAAGAUCGGUUCAAAAUGCAAGGAACGGAGUUGGAUUAUGCUUAUACCAGUGUGGAACAACUGAAGGGAAACAGCAAUAUCCUUCACUCUCGGGCAAAGAUCUUGGGCGGUUGUUCUAGCCAUAAUGACAUGGUUUCGUUUCGUACGCCCGAGUACGACGCAUACACGUGGGAAAGGCUAGGAUGCAAAGGGUGGUCUUUUGACACUUUCAAACGACUGUACCAGCAACUGCGCGUCAUCACCUACCCGAGCGCUCACCCUCGAGACCAGAACCAGCUGAGCAAGGAUUGGAUUCUAUCUGCGCACCGUGGUCUUGGACUGCCGCUCGUGAAGGAUUUCAAUAAGGGCAUCACCUCGAGCUCGGGGCUCACAGAGGGUGCUGGAUGGACUCCUUUAUCUUACAAUCCGGAGAAUGGUUGGCGCGGUAGCGCCAGCGCAUCGUACAUCCAUCCGAUUCUUCGUGGGGAUGAGAAACGGCCGAACCUCACGAUUCUCACAAACGCAUGGGUCUCUCGCGUCAACCUCCAAGGAGACACCGCGACGAGCGUCAAUGUCACAACAAGCGAUGGACUGAGACAUGUCGUCCGUGCCGCGGCUGAGAUCAUUCUUUGUGCCGGAGCCAUCGAUACGCCACGACUGAUGCUACUCUCCGGUCUCGGCCCUCGAGAUCGACUGGAACCGGUCAGCAUCCCUGUAGUAAAGGAUAUACCCGGGGUUGGAGAGAAUCUCCAGGACCAUCCCUGUACGCUUGUCCAGUUUGAGCUCCAUGAUGAGGUGCCCGGAAAUACAGCAACACACUCAGACGUGCUAGCAUUUCUCCGACAUAAGCCUUACAACUGGGCAGGCGAUGAUGGCAAUAUCCCUGAUAUCCUCUUACACAUGUGGCAGCUCAACGAUGAUAUGACGCCGGAUGGGUAUGAAAGGCCAAAACAUCCGUUCAUUAUCCUGCCAGUCGUGCUACGCACACAUACACGAGGCAGUGUAUACUUGAAGUCAAAAGACCCGCAAGAGAAGCCAGCCAUUGAUUUCAGAUAUUUCGAAGAUCCCGAUGGCUACGACGCAGAUAUUCUGGUGGCUGGCAUCAAGGCUGCCAGAAGGAUGGCCGCGUCUGAGCCCCUCAGGAGCUGGAUCAAGCACGAAGUAGCGCCUGGGGCUCAUAUAACUUCAGACGAGGAGUUGAACAGAUAUGCUCGUGCAGCUUCCCAGACCAUGUUUCACCCGGCUUGUACUACGAAGAUGGGAGACGUGCUCAAUGACCCAAAGGCUGUGGUUGAUUCUCGCCUUUGUGUCAGGGGGGUCAAUAACCUUCGGAUUGCAGACGCUGGGAUAUUCCCCACUAUGAUAACGGUGAAUUUGAUGCUCACCGUGUUGGCGGUUGGUGAACGGGCGGCUGAAUUGAUAGCAGAGGAUGCUGGGUGGCAUGGUCCCAAGUCCAGGAUGUAG